AACUUGUUGUAUUCAUUUUCAUUCAAAACAAUCGGAAAAAAUGAUGAAGUGGAUAGUUGUAAUAUUAGUGCAUUCCCUUUUAACUCCUAAUUUAAUUAAUGUACGAGGUAACACGGGGAUGGUACAUCGGCGCUUUGAAUAUAAAUAUUCAUUCAAACCACCAUACUUAGCGCAGAAAGACAACACAAUUCCGUUCUGGGAAUACGGUGGAAAUGCCAUCGCAUCAUCUGAAAGUGUACGUGUUGCUCCAUCAUUAAGAUCACAAAAAGGUGCUGUGUGGACAAAAACGAAAACAGCCUUUGAAUGGUGGGAAAUUGACAUUUCUUUUCGUGUUUCGGGUCGAGGACGAAUUGGAGCAGACGGUCUUGCAAUCUGGUUCACAACAGAGAGAGGAGAUUACAACGGUGAAGUGUUUGGAUCGUCAGAUAAGUGGACUGGUCUUGGAAUAUUCUUCGAUUCCUUUGAUAACGAUAACAAACACAACAAUCCCUACAUCAUGGCAGUGAUAAACGAUGGAACGCGUCACUUUGAUCAUCAAAAUGAUGGUGGCAGUCAAGCAUUAGCUGGAUGUCUUAGAGAUUUCCGUAACAAACCUUUCCCAACACGAGCUCGAAUCGAGUAUUAUCAAAAUGUGUUGACGGUCUUGUUCCAUAGCGGAAUGACGAACAACGAGCAAGAUUAUGAAAUGUGUUUGCGUGCUGAAAACGUAGUUUUACCAAAAGCUGGUUACUAUGGUAUUUCAGCUGCUACAGGUGGUUUAGCUGAUGAUCACGACGUUUUCCAUUUCUUAACAACUUCCCUCCAUCCACCUGGUCAACUCGACCAAAUUGGACAAGUGCCACAAGCUGACAACGACAAAUUGUCACAAGAAUACAAAGAAUACCAAAAGAAACUCGAAGACGAAAAAGAAAAGUACAAGAAAGAACAUCCAGAUGAACAAAAAGAUGAAUUUGAUGACUGGUUCGAGUCAGAUAAUCAACGAGAAUUGCGUCAAAUUUGGCAAGCACAAUCAACAACGACUGAAGUGCUUCGUGAUCUUUCUAAAAAAUUAGAUGAAGUCAUUGGAAGACAAGAGAGAACUUUGGGACUCUUGUCAGCUUCAGGAGGUGCAAUUCAACAAGGUGGAUCACCACCACCGCCUGGUCAACAUCAACAACAGUACACCGGUGAUGCAAUAAGACGACAUGAAGUCGACGCGUUAUUAAACACAAACAACAUUUUAACGCAAUCAAUGCGAGAUUUAAAGACGCAACUCAAUGAUCUCAAUCAAAGAACGGAGCUUCUCAUUGGUAAUCAGAAAGCUGGUGGAUCAGUUGGUGGUGGAUAUGAUAUGCAAGGACUUGUUGCAGAGAUGCGUGAUGGACUUAACACAGUGAAGCAAGGAGUCCUAGGAGUUCAAGCAAGAGUCAAUCAACCGCAAGGUCUAAACAGUUGUCCAACAACAAAAUGCGUUGGUCUAACACCAUUCCUUGUAGCUCUUGCUGUGCAACUUGUCAUCAUUCUCGGAUAUAACAUCUACAAAGAUGCCAAAGGAAAUCAAUCGAAGAAAUUUUAUUAAAUUUUUCUUUCCUACAUUUUCGUUUCCGUUUUUAAGAAAAUAAUUAUGAAAAGGCUCUACAAACCUUCUGAAUGGCUGCACACAUAAUCGAUCAAAUAUUUCAAAUCAAUUAAGUCGUAAGCGUUUUUUUUAUUAAAGAAAUUCAGAUUUAAAAUUGCGACUUUGAAGUGAUGAAACGAACAAAAAGAGAACGCGCAAAGUUUCACUCAGUUUAAAUAUUUUUUCUUUCCUUUUUCGAUGGUUAAAUGCUUCUCUUUACUUAAUUAUUGAUAAUUAUUUUUAUUGAUGUUCAUUUUGUUGUGUACAUAAAUAUGUAGAAUGAAGAAGUUUCUUCAAAAAAAUGUUAUUCUCGUACUUUUCUUUUAUUUCCAAUUUUCUGAAAUUGAAAAACCAUUUUUUAGAUAUUUUUGCUAGAAAAUUUCGAAAUCUAAUUUUUCAUCGGUUGUUAAUAGUUUGAUAAUUGAAUCAACACAGGAAGUCACAAGAAUUAUUUAAAAUAUCAACAAAUAAACAUUUUUUCUUUCUGUUUCAACAAAUGAUUCUGAUUGGAACAAAUUAAGUUUUUUUAGAAGG